CUUGUCAUCACCUUCCUUCUCUCAACUUCCCUAUAUAUAUAGAAACCCUUUCUUCUCUCUUAAGCAAACAUUUUUAUCAAGAUAUUAACACAAGAAUACGAUCAUGAAGCUCGUCUGGUCACCGGAAACUGCCUCUGACGCUUACAUCCACACCGUUAGAUCAUGUAAAAGCUACAGAGAAUCGAGUGUAGCGGAGUUCUUAUCGGCUACGGCGGCGGGAUGGAACACUAGGCUGAUCGUCGAGACUUGGUCACGUGGAGAUCCGAUUGCCACCAGCGUCGGACUCGCCGUCGCGGCGAUACACACAUGUGGAAGACACGUGUGCAUAGUUCCUGACGAAGAGUCAAGGUCGGAGUACGAGGCGGUGAUGAAAGGAGCCGUUAACAGUGAAUCAACGGAAGUUAUGGUUUUAGAUUCGGCGGAGGACGUGGUGGAGAGAAUCACCGGCGUGGAUUUCAUGGUGGUUGAUUCGAAACGCCGCGAGUUCGUAAAGGCGUUGGGAUUAGCGAAAACGAGUAAAAUGGGCGCCGUUUUGGUGUGUAAAAACGCCACGCAGAAAUCUAUCCCUGGGUUUAAAUGGCACGGUGUUUUGAGACGAGGCACACGUGUCGUGAGGUCGGUGUUCUUACCCGUCGGGAGAGGAUUAGAAAUCGCACACGUGGGAGCCAGUGGUGGUGGUAAUGAUUUGAAGAAGAUUCCUAGCCGUUGGAUUAAACACAUAGAUCCUCGAUCUGGAGAGGAACACUUGUUUAAGCGUUAGUCAACGUUUUUUUUUUUUUUCCUUUAAUCAAAAACAUGCCAUGUAUUUUUCCAUAACAAAUACCAUUUCUAAUCAUGUAAUAUAUAGAAAAGAAUCUCGCCAAGUCAAGAAUUUGGAUGAUUUGUUUCCAAAUGUAUAGCUUCCUUUUGCUUCUA